CUUCGCCCGCGUCGGGGGCCUGCCCUGCCUGGAACAGUACAGCCGCCGCCGCCGCAAGGAGCGCGGUGUGCACCAGGGCCUGGAUGGACCACAGGAGCACAGACUUAGCUACGUGCCGCCCAUCCUCUGUCUGGAUCUGCUGUUGUACCUGAGCUUCUCUUUCUGGAGUGACUUUGGGUUUGUCAAAGAGAUGAUGGUAGGUUUGUAGUCACGCCCUCCUCCUCCUCCUCCUCCUCCUCCUCCUCCUCCUGUUCCUGCUCCUGUUCCUGCUCCUACUGCUCCUUAUUCUGCUCCUCCUGCUGCCCUUGUUCCUCCUCUUCCACUUCCGCUUCACUCUGAAGUGACGUCGGGUCAUCAUGACGUCCUCCUGGGGCCCCAGCUUCCAGGCGUUCUCGGCGCGGCUGGUCGAGAUGUCGGAGGCGUUCUCGGCCAGCCUCCUCAGCCUGCGCCAGCCCGCGCCCGCCGAGCCGCCAGAGCCGGACCAGAAGAACCCCUCAGAGCCCGCCGCAGGUUCUGGCUCGGACUACGAUGACAAUGACAACGACAACGACAACAACACUGAUCGCAAAGGAGACCUGGAGAAGGAGGCCGAGGCUACAGGGGCCACAGGGGACAGGCUGCAGGCCCUACAGGCCGAGUUGGCAUGCAGGGGCCUGGGCGGCAGGCCACCGUCUGACCCCUCGCCUGACCAGCUGUCCAUCAUAGCGGAGGAGAGGGAGGACCUGGAGAGCCAGAGGAGCAUGGCAAACUCCCGCUCAGUGAACAGCUUUGGCGAUGAUGGGGAGCAGUCGAGCUCGUCGGAUAGCGAGGACGACGUGGCGAAGCAGUUCGAGAUCUCCGUUUCGCGCUCGCAGAGCUUCCGCACAGGUGCCCAAGAGGCGGGCAGCGCACAGGGAGCUCAAGGGCGCCAGCACAAGUUCACCCGUCUGCUGUCCGACCAGGAAGAGGGCACCACCGAACCCUCAGACUGUGAGGAUAUGGACGCUGUGAGCCAACGCAGUUUCCGGGACCCGCUGACCUCCAGGCCCGUGUCCCGCUCAGGGGCUGAGGACGCGCGGCCCAUCCGUGACCCCCUCCACGCCUGCGGGGACGGAGACAGAGACUCCCUGGGCUCCCAGGAGCCGGUGGAGACACGGGAGGAGGCCGUCACCCCCACUCCCACUCCCACCCCCAGGGAGAGGGGCAGCAGCAGCAGGGCGGGCAGCAGAGCCAGCAGCCGGGCUGGGAGCUGGGCAGAAAGCCAGGCGGGCAGUGGCACGGGCAGCCGGGGAGGCAGUCGACAGGGGCGGCGUAGGACCCCCGACAGCCUGGAGAUGGUGGAGUCCAUGGCCAUGGAGAACCAGGCCUACGAUCACGAGGGCACCGACAGCUCCUCCACCUGGAGCCCAGAGGUACCGCUGUGUGUGUGUGAGAGUGUUAGUGUGUGUGUGUGUGUGUCUGUGUGUUCACGCAGGCUGGUGGUGGUCCUUGACUACCGGCCCACCUCCGCCAAGCUGCUGGUCACCGUGGUGACGGCGCACGGCAUCCCGGACAAAGGCGGCGCCAGGCGGCAUGGACUCCCUGGCGGAGUGCUGCCGUGCUGCUGCCCGACCAACCCAUUGCGCCACAAGGCAGUGCAGGCAGCGGCUCAGCCAGCCCGGCUGACACCUUCAGCCCGGCACCUGGAGCCGGGCGAGCUGGCCGCGUCGGCGCUCCGGCUGCGCCUGUACGCGCUCGGGCGCAUGAGCCGCGAGCGCAUGAUGGGCGAGGCCGUGUACCGCCUCGCCAAGCUCAACGCCACCACCAACACCGGCGAGACCGAGGUCAUCCUCACCCUUGAGCCACGCAGCAACCUGAGGAAUGCUGGAUCCCAGCAGAGUCUCUCGGCCGUGUCCCAGAGUGACAGCGCCUCGUCCAGCCAGUCUCUGGCCCACGGAGGGACCCCGGAGCUGCUGGUGGGUCUGGCCUACAACCCCACCACCGGCCGCCUGGCCGUGGAGCUCAUCAAGGGCAGCCACUUCCGCAACCUGGCCCUCAACCGCCCACCUGACACUUAUGGCAAGCUCACCCUGCUCAACUCCAUGGGCCAGGAGAUCUCGCGUUGCAAGACGUCAGUGCGGCGCGGUCAGCCCAACCCCGUCUACAAGGAGACCUUCGUCUUCCAGGUGGCCCUCUUUCAGCUGUCGGACGUGACGCUCAUGGUGUCCAUCUACAACCGGCGCAACAUGAAGCGCAAGGAGAUGAUCGGCUGGCUGGCGCUGGGCCAGAACAGCAGCGGCCGCGAGGAGCUGCUCCACUGGCAGGACAUGAAGGAGAGCGGCAACCAGCAGGUCUGCCGCUGGCACCCACUGCUGGAGGGGUAGAGAGGGAACAGAAGGAGAGAGGGAGGGAGGAAGAGAGAAAUGGAUGGAAAAAGAGAGAGGAGGGGAGAAAGGGAGAGAGAUGGAUGGAGUGG